CUGGCGCAUCCUGAGGAAGCUGCGCAGCGCGGGCCGCCGGCCACCGGGACGUGGCUGCGCAAAGCUGAAUUUUCAACAUCCUGGAUUUUGCCAAUUGCAUCCCCAAGGUACUGUUUACCUCUAUUACCAGUAGAUCCUGAAAGCUGGUAGUUAUACCUGAAGGCUCGUCAUCAUGGUAGUCAUAUUGGAAGACUUCAACUCAAGACUGACAACUUCCAUGAGUGACAUCUCACCAGAGUGAGUAAGGAGGGGAAGAUGAGUGGCAUCUGGAACAAACUUUGGGUGUAAGGAGGGAUUCUCACCCAGACAGAGACAAAUAUGCAGUUAGCAGUUAUUUUCCUGGUUCUCCUGGGGACUGCAUCAGGGGGAGAGGCGCUACACCUAAUCGACUUACCUGCUACAAGCAAUGUGGCAGAGAAUUCGCCACCAGAGACUUCAGUGCACAAGUUUUCUGUGAACUUGUCCAUAUCCCUGUCACCUGUGAUCCCAGGAUUUCCCAUGAUAAUCAAUUCAAGUCCCCUGACUGAAGGCUUCAGGGUGAACUGGCUAUCAGGCACCGACUUUGAGGUUGUCACGACUGGGAAGGAACAACUAGAUUUUGAAACAGGACCAAACAUAUUUGAGCUGCAGAUUUAUGUUAAGGACGAUGUCGGGGUCACUGACUUGCAGGUCCUCACUGUCCAGGUGACAGAUGUGAAUGAGCCACCUCAAUUUCAAGGCAACUUGGCAAAAGGUCUAGAACUCUACAUAGUAGAAGGAACAAAACCUGGGUUCAUUUACCAGCUUGAGGCCCUGGAUCCAGAAGACACAAGCCAAAACAUACCCCUCAGUUAUUUCCUAAUUUCUCCCCCGAAGAGCUUCAGAUUAUCUGCUAAUGGCACCCUUAUCUCCACAAUGGAAUUUGACUUUGAAGCAGGACACAGAAGUUACUGUCUCCUCAUGGAAGUGAGAGAUAGCCUAGGGCUCAAAGCCGCCACAGAACUCCAGGUGCACAUCGUGAACAUCAAUGAUGAAACCCCUCGCUUUACCAGCCCAAAGCGCGUGUACAAGAUUCCCGAGGAGCUGAGUCCAGGAACCAUUGUAGCCAAUAUCACAGCUGAGGACCCGGAUGAUAAAGCUUUUACCAACAUCCUCCUCUACAGCAUCACUACUGUUAACAGAUACUUCAUGAUCAAUCAGAUAACUGGUACCAUCCACGUGGCUCACAGGCUAGACCGAGAUGCAGGAGAAUUAAGACAACAUCCAGCCAUUAUCUUGGAAGUUCUGGUGAAGGAUAGACCCUUUGGAGGUCAGGAGAAUCGUAUACAGAUAACCUUCCUUGUAGAAGACAUCAACGACAACCCUGCUGCUUGCUCCAAGUUCACGUUCAGCAUUACAGUCCCCGAAAGAGCAGCCAAGGGGAAGAUACUUCUGGAACUGUACAAGUUCUGCUUUGAUAAUGACAGUGAAGCACCAAACAACCAAUUCAACUUCACCAUGCCAUCUGGAGUGGGGAGCGGCGGCAGAUUUUUACAGGAUCCAGCUGGCUCUGGGAAAAUUGUGUUGUUUGGUGAUCUAGAUUAUGAAAAUCCAAGUAAUCUAGCAGUCGGCAAUAAAUACACCGUGAUAAUCCAGGUGCAGGAUGUUGCUCCUCCAUACUACAGAAAUAACAUCUACGUUUAUAUCAUAACAAGCCCAGAAAAUGAGUUUCCUCUUGUCUUUGAUAGGCCAUCCUAUGUAUUUGAAGUGUCCGAAUUAAGCCCAGCUAGAACCCAGAUUGGACGGGUGCAAGCGACUGAUAAAGACUUCCCCCAGAGCAGCGUUGUGUACUCCAUCUCCACUGGAGGGGCCAACCACCAGUACCCAAACAUGUUUUGGAUUAAUCCCCAAACGGGAGAGCUCCAGCUGGUGACUAAUGUGGAUUAUGAGACGACCCCCAUCUAUGUUCUCAGAAUCCAGGCCACCAACAGUGAUGACACAACUUUAGUCAAUGUGACUGUGAAGAUCCUUGGAACAAAUGACGAAAAGCCAAUUUGUACCCCACACUCUUCUUUCCUGACCAUCCCAGUGGAUCUGAAAGUUGGCACAAAUAUUCGUAAUUUCAAGUUGACAUGUACAGACCUUGAUUCCAGUCCCAGGUCUUUUCGUUACUCCAUUGGCCCAGGCAAUAUCAACAGUCAUUUCACCUUUUCUCCCAGUGCUGGGUCCAACGUCACACGCCUGUUCCUUGCGACUCGAUUUGACUAUACUGGUGGGCUUGAUAAGAUCUGGGACUACAAACUACUUGUCUACAUAACUGAUGACAACUUGCUGUCAGGCAGGAAGAAAGCUGAGGCUCUUGUUGAAACUGGAACAGUGACACUGAGUAUUAGUGUCAUUCCUCAUCUUACCACGAUUGUCACCACUACCCCCAGGCCCAGGAUCACCUACCAGAUCUUGAAGGAAAAUGUUUAUUCUCCAUCAGCCUGGUAUGUGCCUUUUACCAUCACAUUGGGCUCCAUAUUGCUUCUGGGUCUCCUGGUGUUCCUGAUCAUCCUAUUGGCCAAAGCCAUCCACAGACACUGCCCCUGCAAGCCUGGGAAGCACAAGAAGCCUCUGGUGAAGAAAGGAGGAAUGAAGAAUACAAAGAGAGAGGCUGUGGUGGAAACAAUCCAGAUGAGCACGGUCUUUGAUGGAGAAGCCAUAGACCCAGUUACUGGGGCACUAUAUGUAUUCAACUCAAAAACUGGAGUCAGGAAGUGGAAAGAUCCAUUAACCCAGAUGCCAAAAUGGAAAGCUUCCAGUCCCCAAGGAGCUGCUCCAAGUGAAGCUGUCUCUGGGGAAAGGACCUGGCUACCUAGGAGCCCUGGCUGGGAAGGAGAUGGGCUGAGCCGCAAAGCUCAGGCUGAGGAUGCAGGCCCCAGCUUCAGGAACCAGGAUGACAAGCCAGGCACCCCAAGAAGCAAAAAUGCAGCCCUGACAAGCAGGGCCUUUCCCAGACCACACACAGGACAGUAAGUGGUAUCUUGUUGCCAGCACCCCCACCGGUGUAGCAACAGGGAGGGGUCUGGACAGUCAAGCAGUGCUGCCUCACACUUAAUUCUGUAAGGGACUGGGGUAAGGGAACCAGGGGUGAAACUAUGGGCUAAAGGGACUUCGGGACCUGGAUCUCAAAUGGGAUGUUUGACAAACUUUAAAACAAACAGAAAGAGGUUGAUUACACAGUUGCCUUUUUCUGAAAUGACACAGGAGAAAUUUCUCUGUGCUUCUGAUCCACUGGAUGUGGAACUGUGUUUCUUCCCCACAUUGGCUGAUAGGAAGCUCCCCAUUCCGCUCACCCCUCGGAAGUACACAUAAAUAUUAAGGACUAGCUUCACACAUUUGGUUUCAUCUUAUUUUCCUGCCUUUAUUUUAGUAUCAGCUAGAAUUCUUGUAAAGUUCAACACCACAUACCUUUUGUAAAUCACCUCAAUCUUUAUCAAAAGAAGCAGAGCCACGAAAAAAAAAAGGGGGGGACGAGCAAAUAAUGGGUCAUUCAUCUGGAAGAAGGAAACAUAAUAGGUACUUUUUUAAAAUUCUUUUUUUAUUGUUGUAUGACCUAUUCAAUAAAGUGUAUAGGUCUAAGAUAGUCAUCUUGAUAACGUAGGCUCCUCCCAGAGAUAAUAACUAUUCUGAUCCUUAGCAGAGAUUAAUUUGGCCUGUUCCCAAAUCUCAUAUAAAUCACAUAGAUUCCAUUUAUAUGGUCUUAUGUCUGGCUUCUUUUGCUCAAUGUCAUAUCUGCUGUACUGUAGAUCAGGACAGUUUCUCCUUUGUGUCUUCUUCCAUUGUACAAUAUACCACUGUUUAUUUAUGCAUUCUAUACUUCAGUGGUUGCUUCACAUUUUUUGUUACAAUGAGCUACAGCACCAUAAACUUGUGGAUGUCUUGGGAUGAGCAUAAACACAUUUCUUCUGAGCAUACUCCUAGGGGUGGAAUUGCCAAAAUCAUUGCUGGAAUUUGCUGAGAAUUCCAAAGUUGGUGGUGCCAAUGUACACUUCCACCAGCAAUGAUUUCGUGUUCUGAUACUUUAUGUCCUUGUAAACUCUUGGUAUUCUAGUCCCUUUAAUUUUAGUCAUCCUGAUUAAAAUUUCUCUUGAAAUGAAAUCACUCUUUUUUCCUCAAAGCUAAAACAACAUUAACCUCCCUGCCCUGGUCCUUCCUACCGCCUGCGGUUGAAAGCAACCACAGGACUCAGUAGAGACACAAAGGGAAGCUCUAUUCAACCACAUGACUGGGAUUCCCUUGUGGGUGUGAGCAACAAGCUGAAAGUGAAGGAUACCAUGAUGAAAUAGAAGCAGAACUUUUCAGUGUGUGCCCAGUAGAGACCAAGCAAGCGUGACUUCAGCUCUGUGUCCUGCUACCCAGCUGCUGUGAUCCAAUAACUACAAAAAACGACCAGAAGAGAGUCUAGUAGAGCAGCACCCCCUCCCCAGUUGGGGAGCCAGAUGAGGACAUCCCGGGCCCACAACGACCUGUGGGAGGCAGGCAGAAUCCAUCCUGCAAACCCGGAACUUCAGAGGGAACAGCUGCUGGUUUAUUGUGUGCAUAUGUGUGACUUCUCAACAAAAGAAACAUUUAAAAAAUGCCCCGUCCUGGCCUAGAUCAGGCGUGAUUUAUUAAUAAGGGUUGGUUGCCAAGGAACUCCCUUGAAUAGCUUUAAAUUUUGCAAAAGUAGGCAGAGCUGUUCAUUUGUGGAGGUUAAAGUGGGUGAAGUGGCUGAUUACCCAUUUAAGACUCCAGGAGUCUGUGGAACCCCCAGUAAAAUGCCUUCCUCAGAAGCUGUCGGCCUCAAUGCAAGUACAAUGAGGCUCAGAGAAGUCUGAAGGGGGACCUAAUAGCUGUUUAUGAGCCCAUUAAGGAUGAUUAAAAGGAGGGCAGUGAGCAGCUGUUCUCCCUUCCACUGUGAUGACAGGGCAAGGGGGAAUUGUGUUCCAAGGCCAGAGAGAUUUAAGUUAGGCACAGGGAGGGACUUCCUGCAGGCGGGAGUCUGUGUGGAGCUGUUUCUUCCCUGGUGAUGGACAGAAGGAGCUACUUGUCUCCCAAGCCCCAAGAGAUGAGUCCCAAGGAACCCAAGACUUGAGGUCAGGAAUGGCCUGAGUAGCAGGCACCUGCCCUCCCCUGUGCCCCCUGCAUAUUUGGCUCUUUGAGUCUGUGGACUAAAGCCAUUUACUAAGUUUGGUUUCUCACAUUUACUAAGUUUGAAGCCAAGAACCAUGAUAAAUCUUUAGAAGUUUUCUCACAUUUCUCUCCCUAGACUUUAAACACCUGCGCAACUAUUAUAACUAACAUAGACUUACCUGGCUCUGAGUAAGCCGUAAAGACGGUUAGGACAGGAGGAAUGCCUAAUUGUUGAGGGAUUUAAAACCGCAAGGUGAGUUCCUUUUUCUUCACACCCUCGUGGGAGUGCAAACUGGUCCAACCGCUAUGGAAAGCGUGUGGAGAUUCCUCAACCUACUAAAGAUACAGCUUCCAUAUGAUCCAGCAAUUCCACUCCUAGGUAUUUACCCAAAGGACACAGAAUCAUUAAUUCAAAAGGGCACCUGCACCCCUAUGUUUAUAGCAGCACUAUUUACAAUAGGUAAGCUAUGGAAACAACCCAGAUGCCCAAAAAUAGAUGACUGGAUCAAGAAGGUGUGGUACAUAUACACAAUGGAAUAUUACUCGGCAAUCAAAAAGAUAAACUCAUGCCAUUUGCAGCAACAUGGAUGGAGCUAGAAGGGAUCAUGCUCAGCGAAAUAAGCCAGAAAGAAAAAGAAAAAUACUGGAUGGUCUCACUCAUAGCAGGAAUUUAGAAAACCCAAAUAAGAGACCAGGAAAAAGGCUAAUUAUAAUAAAGUAAAAAUCAAAAUCAAAAAGCAACUAUAAACCAGAGACACACUA